AUGGCAAAUAACCUCAAGCACCCAUUCGAAGAUCCACCAUCAUCCCCAUCUUCAAGCGCCGGCGAGAAAGAAAUAGAGUUUGUUUCGUCUCAAGAAGAUGAAGAUGAAGAAGGGCACCAGCACACCAUCUUUUCUUCUGAUGAGGACGAACCAGAAGAUCCUCCACCGAGGAGUUCCGGCGAGGCUCAGCUGUCAGGGAGGAAGCGGCUGAGUGAAGGGAUCUCAAGUAGCAACGUGAGUUCGAAACGAGCCAAGAAAGGUCAGAAGAUGGGAACUAAGAAGAGACUGUUUAGUGAGAAAGAUGAGAUUGUUUUGCUACAAGGCAUAGUUGAUUACAAAGGGAAGAAUCCAUUAGAAGAUAAGCGUUCACUUUACGAAUCAAUGAAGGGUUCUUUUAGCUCUGAUGUUACCUUGGAUCAGUUCAGGGACAAGAUUCGUCAUAUGAACAACAAAUAUACAGCUAAAGAGAAGAGCAGUGAACAACAGGCUUCCAUUUUGAAUCCUCAUCAACAAAAGUGUUUUCAGUUAUCAAAGGCUAUUUGGGGAGCAGAUGGGAUAGCUUUUGAAUCUGCUAACGCUAAGUUAAAGAAGAGUGAGGGGAGAGUAUCAAAGAAGCGUGACUUGGUCUCUUCACUUAAGGGUAAGAAGGCUCAAGAAGCUAGUAAUUAUAAAAGAGGAGAUAUGAAGAAGUCUUCACUUGUUGAGAAAGGAUCUGAUUGGGAUGAAAAUUCUUUCUUUCUUGGUAUGGAUUUUUUGAAAGAAAAAUGGACCAAGCUGCCAACUGAGACUAAGAAGGGAACCCAAGAGAAGAUGAAGAAGUUGCAUGCUAAUGAACUUGAAUGUCAAAAGUUUGAAAAGAUGUUGAAGACUAUGAAAGAUAAAUGUGCACAUGACAAGGUAGAGCUCUUGAAUGAGGUUACCUCUUUGAUCAUGGCAGCUGAUUAG